GUAACAGCGACAACGAAGCCCUGGUGUUUAACUUAUUUGUUGUUAGCAUUGCUUAAUUAUAAUUGGUAAAUAAUUGUUUAAAAUUAAAUACAUAAGCAAAUGAGUGAACUGAAAAACAAGUUGGCUGUUGAUUUCUAAACAGCUGAAAUACACAAAGACUAUAAACAACGUACGUGCGUGCAUAUGUAAAACAUAAAAACGAAAAAUCAUACAUCAAAUUUUGUAUGGCACAGAGACACACACACGCACACACACACACACACAGAGAGAAAGAGAGCGCACACGUACGCACGCACACAAGGAAAGAAGUGCACACGUCAGUGCCACGAAUAAUUCGCUGCCUUUAAAAACUAUCAAUUUUUGUGAAUUGUGUAUUUGAAAUUCUAUAUUUUAUUUUGACUGACUGACAACAUGUUCUUUUAUCAUUGCAGUCAAUGUCGAUAGUUAGCAGCACAAACCUAACGAAACACACGCGACGACAUUGGAUAUAUCCAUUUCGGAGAUAGCCAGUGCCUAUUUAUUUUUUUUUUUUGUUUUCCCUUCCUUUUUGGGUUGUUGUUGUUGUUUUGUUUUUGAUAUUUAGCUAGUUGAAAUUUGUUUUGUAAAAUGGACUCGGCGGCGGAUCUCAGCCAGCACAAUGAGAACGAGGAUGCCGAUGACGGCAGCUCAACGGAAUUAUCGCUCAUACAGCACACGUCCAGCGGCGGCAAGGGACGUUUGGACAGUCUGCGCGAGAAUCUUUCCAAGCAGCAGGAACGUUUGAUGGCGCUACGUGAGCGUGCGCAGCGUAAAUCCGAUGAUUCUGGACGCCACAAGAGCAGCAGAAGCGAUUCCAUGGAAUCCCUAAAGUCACUCGGACACAAAUUGAGCAUACUCAAAGGACGCAAUGCGGGUCUGAUAAUGCCCGAUGGUGAUGGAGAGCUGUUGCCACAGGAUAUGUCCACGCCGCUGGUGACGCCCACCAAGGAGACGGAGAUCAGCGGCAGCGAGAAACUGCAAAUGCUCAAUCAACGCACCGAACAGAAUCGUGCCUUGUUGGAGCAGCGUAAACGUGACAUGGCCAAGUCACUGCAGUCGGUCAAGUCCGGAUUAAGGCAACAACAGGAGCUGGGCUCAUCCAUGAGUGAUCUGCGUGGUGGGCUGGUGCAAGCGGCGCCUGUAUCCCGACAUCGUUCCGCCGCAGAUCUGUUACAACAACAACAACAGCAGCAGCAGCAGCAACAACAACCACUCUCCACAGCGGAUGAGGGACGCCUUAAGCUGCUCAAGAAUAAGAUGAAACUCAUAGAGCUGAAGCAGACGCGCAAGGAGCAGGAACUGCAGCAGGAGCUCAACGAGAUGCGGAAUGAACUGACGCAAAGAAAGGAGCAGAUACAACAGCUGGAGCAGCAGUUAACACAGCAGCAGCAGGAACAGCAGCAGGAGCAGCACUUGCUGUCCAAUCUGCAGCCACUGGCGGAUCAGGAGCACUCACGUCUGCAGGCGCAGAUCGAGCAGCUGCGGGAACGCAAUGCGGAGCUGGAGAAUAGCAGCGAAAUGCUGGAGACAACACGUCUGGAGCUGCACGAGGCGCGGGAACAGUUGCUAGAGCAGCAGCAGCAACAGAGCAACAACAACUCCUCCGCCGUCGCCUCCACAGAUGAGCAGGUGAAUCAGGAGCUGGCCAAGCAGCUGCAGGAGCUGGAGAAAGAGCUGCAACAGCUGCGACAGGAGCAACAGCAGCGACAGCAGCAACAGCUGCCAAGUGAAUCGGAGCGUCUCACGCAACUGGAAGCCACCAUUGAGACGCAGUGCAGCCAACUGGCGGCACAGGCCGAACAGCUGGCGGAGAAGACCACCGAAUUGAAUGUGCUCAAUGUGAAUCUACGCGUGCUCGAGGAGAAACUGUCGCAGAGUGUCAAGAGUAAACCGAUCUUCCUGGACGAGGAUGACUCCGAUAACAAUGCCAGCGAACAGUUGCAGUCGCAGCUGCAGCAGCUCAAGCAGAAGCUGGACGAGAGCAACAAGAGCAACAUUAAGCUGAAGCUCAAGUGCAAGCAGGCGGAGAAGCAGCUACAGAAACUGCAGUCCCUGGACACACAGAAGGAGCUGGCACAGCUGCAGGCGGAGAAUGAGCAGCUACAGCAACGCAUCAUUGUGCUGGAGGAUGAGAAGGGUCAGUGGCAGUUGGCCCAGGUCAAUGAGGAGGAGGAGCAGCCAAGUCAAACGGCAGCCAUACGCCUGCUGGAGGAGCAAAAGGCGGAGCUGCAGCAGGCACUGGAGGCACUGCAGCAGGGCACAGAAUCCGCACGUGUGGAAUCCGAGCUGAGUGAACUGCAGCUGGAGGAGCAACUCUCGCAGCGUUGCCAACAGCUGGAGACGGAGGCGACGGAGCAGCGUCAACAGCUCCAAACGCUGCAGGCGGAGAAGGAGGCGCUGGACAAGAAGCUGACGCACUACAUCAACGAGAAUAUGGAACUGCUGGACAAACUGGAGAAGCUCAGCUCAUCCAGUUCCGCUGAAUCCAUUGAAAUAGUCGAGCGUCCCACCGAGCGACGUUUCAGUUCCGAGGCGGACGCUGGAGCGGAUUCAGUGGAAGCCACUGCGUUGCCCAGCUUUGUCAGCGAGCUCACGCAAACGGAGGAGCUGGCGUCCACGGAACUGGAGGUCAGCGAGAGUCUCGCCCAGCUGCGCAACGAGAGCGAUGAGCUGCUCAAGAAGAUUGAGCUGUUCACCAACGAACGACGCGAGGUUUUGGCCAAAAUGGAGCAGCUGCAGGCGGAGAAUGUCCGGCUGAAGGAGCAGCUGCAGCAGGAGCAGUCGCAGCUGAAGAUCUACCAGGAGCAGGCGUCGCAGGAGCAGUCCGAGAAUGUCCGACUCAAGGAACAGCUGCAGCAGGAGCAGGCGCAGCAGCACAACCAGCUACAAAUCUCUGCGGAUCAGGCCGAGCUGAGUCUCUCCCAGAAGCAAACGCUGCAGGAGCAGCUGAAGCACACCCAGGAGCAGCUGCAAUCGGAGACGUCAGCACUCCAGGCCCAACUGGAGGAACUGCAGCGGGACAAACAACAGCUGUCACUGCAGCUCAGCGAGAAAUCGAAUCUCUCGCAGGAACUGAGCUCCAUGCAACGCUCCUCCGAGGUGGUUGCCGCCCUGGACGCCGGCGAAGGAGGCGCCGCCUUGUUCGACAAAUGCGAAAGAUCCCUGUCCAGGCUGAGCUCCGAAUUGGAGGCCUAUCGCAAGGCCGAUCGCAAUGCCAAAUUGAAUGUGUCCAAGAAACUGGCCAAGGAGGCCAAGAACGUGCAUGUCCAGCUGACGGAGCUGUUGCACAAGGUGAAGGAGGCCAGCACGGCGGUGGAGACGGUGACGGUGGUGGAAACUGUCGUGGCUGUCACUGCACCCAAUGGCAAAGCUCUGGCGGAAUACGAGCAGCUGACGGCACAGAAUGCCGAGCUGAAAUCCGCGCUAGCUGCACUCCAAACGGAGCUGGAGGAGCUGCGUGACAGCUAUGAUCCUGUCGAGCAACCCAAGCUGGCCAUUGCCCAGCAGGCGGAACGGGAGGAACACGAGAGGGAACGGGAGCGGGAACGGGAACAGGAGAGGGAGCAGCAGCGGGAACAACUUGAAGCGCUGCGGGAAGAACUGCAAGGAACCAUCUCGGAACUACGUGCCGCUGAAGCGGAGCAUCUGGAGCUGAUUGCCAGUCAGAGUGCGGAGCUGGUGCAGCUCCAGCUGCAGGCGGAGCAACAUGAUCACAAGCUCAAUGCCAGCGAAAUGGCGCAUGAGAAGCACAUGGAGCAGCAGCAGCGUCUCCGCCGUGAAUUGCAGUCCAAGAUCGAGACGCUGGAGGGGGAGAUGGGCAUUCUGCAAGCUCUGGUCGCGGAGCAGAAGCAGCAGCUCAUCGAGAGCUACAGCGAGAGUGAGCACGAGUCCAAUUUGAAGCUGUUGGAGCUGCAGCAAUGCCAGCAGGAGCUGGAGACAAGUGAAUCCCGCAACAAGGAGCUGCGGGAGAAACUGAAAAAGUAUGCGCUCAAUCUGAAGAAACGCACAACGGAGCAGGCAGAGCUGGAGCAGCAGCUGCAGCGACUCCAAGCGGAGCUAACCACAUCCCAAUCCCAGCUGGAUGUGGAGCAACUGCAGCGAGAUGUGCAGAGAUUGCAGCAAAUCAAUAGGGAGCAAGAGCAGCGGGAACAGCAGCUGGAGCAGCUCAAUCGGCAGCUGAAGGAGCAGGAGCAACAGCUGCAGGAGGAACUGCAACAGCUGCAGGAGGAACUGCAAUCCUGCCAGGAUGACAACCAGGAGCUGAAGCAACAGACGCUCAAACAAAAGUCCAAACUGUCCGCAUUGCCCAAGCUGAAGGAGGAGGUGGAACGCUUGCAGGUGGAGCUGCAGAAUACGGUGCAUGCCAACACCUCGUUGCGCCAGGAGAGCUAUCAGCUGGAACAGAAGCUGUCGUCCAUGGACAACAUGGAUGAGCUGCGUCGUCAGCUGGAGCAAAAGUCCAUCAAGUUUGACAAGUCCAAGGAGGUGAUCAAGCAUCGCAAUGCCACCAUACAGAGUCUACAGCGGGAGCUGGCCGAGCUCCGGGCACAACUGCAGGCGCAACCCGAGGAGGAGGCACGCGAGGAGCAGGAACAGCAGCGGGAACAGCAGGAACAGCGGGAGGAGCAACUGCUAGCCAAGCUGCACGCACUGCAGCAGGAGAAGGUGAACUUUGAGCUGACCAUCGGCAGACUGGAGACACUACACGAGGGCAUCCAAGCCAAGUUGCUGCAGGAUCAGUCCUACAUCGAAUCCCUGGAGACACAAAACACACAGCUGCUGACGCGUAGCGCUGCUCUAGAGGAUCAGGCUGCUGCUCAACAGGCACAGCAGCAGGCAGACCAGGAGCGACUGCAGCUGUUGGAGCAGCAACUGCAGGAGACGAGCGCCCAGCAGAAGGAGCACGAGCUCCAGCUGCAGCAGCGACUGCAACAGCUGAUGGAGCACGAGCAGAGCCAGAGUCAGCAGCUGCAGUUGCAGCGACAGGAGGCGGAGGAGGCACGUGACCAGUUGACGGCACUGCGGGCCGAACACGAGGCAUUGCUGGCGCGGCACAAGCAGCAGACGCAACAGGCGGAGGCGGAGCGCGAACAGCUGAACAACAGCAGCGAACAGGAGCUCCAGGAGCUGCGGGAACAGCUGCAGUUGCGCAACCAGGAGCUGCAACGUCAACGCAAUGUCUACGAUGCCAAACUGGCCGCCAAGGCCACCGAACUGGAUGAGAUGGAGUGCGAUUUGAGUGCGCACAUGGAACGCGCGACGGCAGAGACGCGUGAUCUGACCCAACAGCUGGAGCGGAUGCAGGAGCAGCUGCAGGCACGCGGCGAGGAGUUGACGCGCCUCAACGAGGAGCUCGCCGAUGUGGAGCGGGAACGAGCUGCUCUCAAUCGGGAGGCGGUUCUGCUGCGUCUCCAGCACGACAGCGCCGAGCAGGAUGUGCUCGAGCUGCAGGAGCUCCGCAUGCAGGCACUGCAGGACAAGACGGAAAUGGACAAUUUGCGGGCACAAAUCGAUUCGCUAUGCGCCAAUCACAACCAGGAGCUGCAGGCGCUGCAGCAGGAGAUCGCCGAGCUGGACACUCUGGGACAGAAUCAAACCGAUGAUCAGGUCUACAUCGAGACGGAGAACAAACGUCUCGCCGAGCAGCUUACGGAAAUGCAGGCUCGUCUCGAUGAGCAGGCGGAGCAACUGGCUCGCCAACAGGCAGCUCCUCCAGUUGCAGCUCCAAUUUCCACUUCAGCUGCACUUCCUCUCUUCCCGCCGACGCAGUACCAGACGCCAAUGCAGGCACCCAACCAAGCCAAUGAGGAUUGGAUGUACCAAGCCGCCUGGAUGCGUCCAAACAGCGCAAAUCCAUCCCAGAGACAGGCAGUUCCAGUAUCCAGUGCAGAACAGAAUGCUCCAAUCCCCGCACCCGCAAUGUUCUUCAGCAGCGACGCAGCAGCGGCGCCAUCGCCAUUCGAUGAGAUUGUGGCUCAGCCGCUGAGGAUGAGCGCACAGGGAUUGGGUGCAGUCCAGGAUGCAUCGGUUGUGGAGCCAACGAUUGAGGAUUUGCAGCGUAAUGUGUCGGAUCUGGAGAAGCAUGCCAAGGAGCUGGAGACGAAGCUGUUGGCCCGCAAUCAAGCCUUGGCGGAGCACGAGGAGCGACGCCUGCAGCUGGAGCGAAUGCUUCAGGAGCGGGAACAGGAGCUGGCACAGCUGCAGGCUGCAGCUGAGGAGCGCGAAAGAUUGGCGGCCAUUGAGAAGCUGAUUCAAGCGGAGCCGCCGGCAGCGCCAGUUGAAACCAAGACGGCACCCACAUUGGACAUGUUCUUUGGCUCGGAAACCGUGACGGAUGCAAUCAGUCUGGAUUUGGGAAUGCCACAGACGGAGCCCGUUGUGGAGGAGCUGAUAACACCAAAGAAGGCAUACAUCUGUCAUCCGGAGCAGGAGCAGGUGCAGCAUGUGAUCGACUGGGGCGUGGAUGAGGAUCCCUGGGCAAGUGCAGCUGCCGGGGAACAGCAGCAGCAGCACCCACAGCAGCUGGAGCGACCAGGUGCCGAGGUCGCAUUGCAGGCGAGGAUUACCGAGCUGGAGCAGCAAAAGGCGGAGCUGCAAACCAAGACAGCGAAGCUAAUGAAGCGUCUCAAGGAAUAUCGCAACAAGGAGCAACAACAACAGCAACAACAGCAGCAGGAGCAAUCCAAGGUGGUGGACAAUGAUCUGGAUGGUGCCAUCAUGGAUGAGUUGCGGCAUCAACUGGAGCUGCAUGAAUCCCGCCAGGCCAAGACCGAGGAACUGCUGCAGCAGCAUGCGCUGGAAAAGGAGAAGCUAGCGAAGCGCAUCGAUGUCCUCACCGCGGGCAAUGAACGCAUGGCGGAGCUGAAGGAGCGCCAGGACAUGGAUGUCCAGAUGUAUCAGGCGCGCAUCCGUGAGCUGCAGGAGAAGCUCCAGCAGCUGGAGAGCUGGGGCGAGGACGGAGCGGGCGCAGGAGCAGUCAUAGCCACGCCAGCCAUAACACUGCCCGAAUCCUCGCCAGCAACAGCUGCCAGCGAUGUGGAAGCCCUGGCCAAAAUCGAGAAUCUGCAGGCGGAGAAUCUGGAUUUGAAUGCGGAAUGCCAGGAACUGCAGGCCCAACUGCAGCAGGAGAAGCAACAUGCACUGGACGCACUAGCUCAGGCGCAGCGGGAACGGGAGCAACUGCAGGCGGACAAGCAGCGUGCCUUGGAGGCACUGGGUCAGCAGGCGGAACAGGAGCGCCGGGAGCUCCAGGAGCAGCUGCAGGCGGAUCAGCAGCGUGUCCAGGCAGCGCAGCAGGAACGCGAGCAGCUGCAACUGCAGCUGGAGGAGCUAAAGGCCAAACUGAUGGAACUGCCUGCCACUGUGAGUGCACCCAGUGACGAGAGCAUGGCGCUGCUCCAGGAGAAGGAAUCGGAGAUUGUGCAUCUCAAGCAGCGCAUUGAGGAACUCAUGCGUGAGGAUCAGACGGAAAAAUUGGUGCUGGAGAUUCUAACCAAGAACCAGGAGUUGCAGCUGCUGCGCAUGCAGAUCAAGCAGCUGGAGGAGGACAAGCUGGAGAAGCAAGCAGAGCAGCCGGUGCCGGAGACGGAGCCGGAGCAGCCAAGAGUGGAUCUGCAGCUGCAGCGGGAACUGGAGCAAGUGCGUCAGCAGUGCGAGCAGCUGCAGCAGGAGAAGGCGGACAUGGAGGAGGAGUUGCGUGUGCUUAACAAUCAUGUGCUCUCCAGCCUGGAGCUGGAGGACAAGAUGAAGCAAUCUGUAUUGGAGUUGGAUACGAAAACCAUUGAGAUCACCGAGCUACGCAGAUCACUGGAACUGCUGCAGCAGGCACAAUCCCAGCCAGCUGUCCAGGUGCAGCAACCGGAUCUGAGUGCAUUGAACCAACAGUGGGAGUCGCUGGUGGAGCAAAAGUGCAGCGAGGUGGCCAGCAUAUGGCAGGAGCAUCUGGCACAACGUGAAGCCGCCUACCAAGCGCAGAUCGAGCAGCUCACGGCCAAGCUGGAGGCGACGCCAACGGCACAGCCGGCGGAGCAGAGUGUCGUGGUCCCGGAGGAUGUCAACGAGAUGCUGCACAAGAUGCAAAAGGCGCUGGAAACGCAGGAAAUGGAAAUUGUGACGCUCAAGGAGCAGCUGGCCAUCAGAUCAGCGGAAUAUGCACGUCUCGCCUCACAGUAUGAUCCCUUCCGGCUGCAGAAUACGCUUGGCAGCGGCGGCGGAGGAGGAGCUGGUGGUGUCACUGGGGCAACAGGUAAUCCUGGCCAGGAUGAGUAUGUGCUGAAGGCAGAUCUGGACUAUGCACUGAUGAUGUUGCAUCAGCGAGAUAUGCGCCUCGAGGAGAUGAUACUGGAGCUGGUGCAGCUGCUGGAGGAGCGUGAUCAUCUGCAACUGAAGCUAUCGGACACGCUGCGUCAGCUGGAAGCGGAACGAACUGGCGUUCCAGCUGCAGCACAGCAAGCCACAACCGCCGCCGCCUCCUCCUCAUCCUCAGUCUCCAGCACAGUGGGCAACAGCAGCGAUCCAAGCGGCAACAGCAGCAAUGAUCUGAAACAGAAAUUGGCGGAACUGCAGACGGUGAAGCAUUCCAAGGACAAGGCAAUUGUGGAUGAGCGUGAGCAGCGAUUGCGCCAGAUGAUACAGCUGCAAAGGGAGAUGGCCAAAACAGCGACAACAACAGCGACAACGACGUCAACGGCGGUGGCAACAACAACAACAGCAACAGCUUCUCUUCCUCCUCCUCCUCCACAUCCUGCUCAGCAGCAACAACAACAACAGACGCAUCAGCUUGAAGUUGAUCCAUCUCAAACAUCACUGCGAUCACCUUCAAUGGUACUCAUGGACUGGAUCUUAGGCAACAAUAAGAACGAGGACGAAUCGCAUCCAAAUGUAGCAUCGAGCAAUUAAUUAGUGCAGCCCUCGCUCCAUCCUCCUGCUUCCUUCACCAUCACACGUUCCAAGCAGCUUCGCUCAGUGUAGUUGACUUCCGAAUUGAGUUGAUAAAGCGGCUUACAAAUAAUUCUUGAUUAAAACUAGCAUUAGAGUUCUAUAUUAUGUACCUUGGAUGAUAUGAAAACGCAAAAAAAUGAAAAAAAGAGAACCGAGAAAAAUACGAAAAGAAAAGAAGAUAAAAAAUCAACUAUUUCCGAAUUGUGUUACAUGCAUUUGGCACGCCUACGUUUUAUGUUGUAGAUAUGUAAAAAUUGUAUAAACGAAACUUAAACAAUUAAUAACGACACAUACAAAAAAGAA